UUAUUUUUUACAAGCGCAAAUAUCAACAAGUAAAAGAGAAAGUAGGCCUUACAGUUAGCUAGGAUUAGAUAGAAAGGCCUGCAUAACAUGAUGUCAUCACAUUCCAGAUACUACUAACUGAUUUGUGACCAAAAGUUGAUGGACUUUGAGUUAGGACCUCACAAUCAGAUGUCACGAGGAACUGAUCGACGAUAAUGGAGAUAAAUGUUAACAUCAGACACACGUACGUCCACGUGCUUCUUAGCAAUACGUGUACAUUGUACCAGCGAUAUCAGAUGAUAUAUCAUAUGAUAGGAAAGUGUAUUUUAUACUUUCACAUAUUUUCAUACCAGAUACAGCAGCCUUUGAGGUAUACACAGGUACAUUGUACAUGUACAUGUCUAGAGCUCUCGGGAUAUUCGACACACCAAAGCACCUGCGGUUUAAUCAAUCUAAUGGUACGUUGAUGAUUCUUCACUUUUAUUUUUCGAUGUUUAAAGUUGUCCUUCAGGUUCCAUUUCACCCGAACUUUAAAGCUAUGCUUUAUAAUUAAAUAGUAAAAUUUAUCUCUCGAAUAUUACCACACGUGUGUUUUCCAAAACUCAUUUGUUUGUAGCGUAAUUCGAAGCUUUUUUUUAUAUUUAAUAGAAGCAUAAUUUUAAUGCAUUUACGUUUGCAUCUCACUUCAUGUAAAACUUUCAGUCCGUUUCAAAGACGUGUUGGUGAUUUCAUGUCGACUUGUGAAUUUAUUUGCCACUAAAAAUUCUAUUAUUGCUCAUUCUAAUAAGCCUUUUUAGUUUUAUUAUUUCAGUUAAUUAGUAAAAGUUUGUAGAGUGGUUAACUUUCAAUUGGUAUUGAUAAAAAAUUUAAACGAUUAAUUUACUCCAUUAAUUAGAUCUAUAACUUUUCCGUUACCAUACUUUUAGACUUUCUCUGCUGAGGCCUUGAAGUUUUGGUUUGGUUUUAUCUUGUUCUGCGUCCUAUUAGCAGCGAAGUUCAUUUUAGGACGUGCCUCUCAGUGUGUAAUGCAUCCAGAUGGUGCUGUGGUGCAUAACAAUUUCAUGAAAAUGGGAUUGAAACAUUCCAAACCAGUACAAGAAAGUGGAGCCAUGGAAACAGGGAAACAACUGGCAAAGGACAACAGCAGUACUGAUAAAGAGAAAACUUUAACACGAACUGAGUGUGGAUACAACAAUAAAGAAGAGACGCCGACUUCAAGUCACUUCCAUCCUCGUUCUGUAGGAUUAGAUGAAAUGGAAAGAAUGAACCAGAGUUCAUCCUGUCAUGAGAGACCACAAGAGAUUUCAAAAGAAUGUAUCAGGCAAGUAGACAAACCAAGAACUGUUGUACGUAAUAGCGACUCUGAAAUCAAAACGGCAUUAUUUGUGAAAUUUGCAGAAACAUUAAAGAAAACUUUUGACAUAUUUGGAUAUCUUCUGCAGCGACUGCCGAAUGAGAUGGAAUUCACAUACAUCGACCAAACUAUUGAUAUACAAACUGGAAACACAGUUGUACAACUUCAGUGCCCAAGUAGACGUGAUGCAGAACGCCUUGCGGAUGAACUAUAUCAAAGUAAUGAUGUAUGCGACACAAACGUCUGCUGCUUUUAUUCAUUUGAAGAAGCCAGUCAUCUGACCAUGACAACAAAUGAGAAAAAUUACAACUUUUUUGCAGAACACGUAGACAAUUUAGUGAAACGGACUGAAUCGUCUUUGGCAGCUCACCAAGUCAAGAUAGAAGAUCUAAAAGAAAAUGUAGAAAAGACAAAGCCGAUGUUUUUGUCAUUGGAAGAUUUUGGGGUUGCUGAUCAAGAAACAAAAGCACUGGAAGAUAAACUGAAAGAGCUUAAACUUCAAAAAGGAGAAUUUCAAAAUUGUAUUGCAACGGUUCAUCGAAUAUUCGUUGAAAUGAAGGACACUCACAUUUGUAAAAAAACAGUUUUUGAAAUAAUGAAAGCUUUUGGUGUGGAAUGUAACAGACUUGAGAAAGCCUUACCGAUGUACGCAAGGAGAUCAGACAUACUUGAUACUGUGAAGAACAACCAAGUGUCUGUCAUCAUUGGAGAAACAGGAUCAGGAAAGAGCACACAGAUGGUACAGUACCUCUAUCAGAGCGGAUUUGCCAGCAGGGGGAUGAUCGCCUGUACACAACCUCGUAAAAUAGCCGCUAUUAGCGUAGCUACACAUGUUGCAUGUGAAAUGGGCACAUCUGUAGGGGAAAUCAUUGGGUACAAGGUCGGAAUGCAAGAGAUGAAAACUGCAUUUACAAAAGUUAUGUUUAUGACUGAUUAUGUUUUGCUGAAGGAAUGUCUCAAGGAUAAACAACUGUCUUCAUUUUCCUGUAUAAUCAUAGACGAAGCUCACGAAAGAAGUAUAUUCACUGAUCUGCUUCUCGGUAUGAUCAAAAGCUGUCUUGCCGUACGCACUGACCUCCGUGUUGUGAUAACAUCUGCUACCAUUGACCCUGAAGUCUUCGUCCAAUACUUUGGACGAUGUCCAGUAUUCUCUGUGUCAGGAAGAAUGUUUCCAGUAGAUGUCAUAUGGAAAGAACCUGACAAUGAAUCAUUUUUAAAUCACAUAGAGGAAUGUGUUAGGAAAGCAAUUGAUGUUCACUACCGUCAACCUGAAGGAGACAUUCUGGUGUUUGUAACCUCUCCACAAGAGACUGAAAAAUGUUGUGAGAAGUUUAUGGCUUACACGGAAGGCAAAAAUCAAAACUGUGUUUGUCUGCAACUGCAUGGGAAACUUCAAGCCGACGAACAAAGAAAAGUAUUUGAUACCCUCCCUGGUAAACGCAAAAUCGUGUUUGCUACCAACAGUGCUGAGACAUCUGUUACCAUUCCUGGCAUCCGAUACGUUAUCGACACUGGUUUGGUCAAGGAGAUGAGUUACGAUCCAAAACGGAAAAUGAAUACAUUGGCUGUGACAGCAGUGACAAAAAGCUCAGCUGAUCAGCGGAAAGGUCGUGCUGGACGUCUUGGGCCUGGGAUAUGUUACCGACUGUAUACAGAGGAUGAAUAUGACAAAAUGAAAUCCAACAUGGUUCCAGAAAUAUUACGAGUGAAUCUUGGUCAGGCAAUGCUUAAGCUGAUAGAGCUCGAAAUUGAUCCAUUGGAAUUCGACUUUGUCAUGUCACCGUCAAAAGAAAUCAUGGAAAGCGCAGUGAUGGAGCUGGAGGAUCUUGGAGCUGUAUCGUCAAAAAAAAUUACCCAUCUUGGAAAAUGGAUUUCAAAGUUGCCUUUCGAUCCUAAGUUUGGUGUUUUUAUCUAUGAUGCAAUGGCUAUUGGUGCUUGUCUUGAAGGGAUAGUUAUAGCUGCAUCAUGUAACAGUGCUUCCAUUUUCUUUCGAGCUGGAACUGCUGACAAAAAAGAACAAGCCGAUCGGAAAAAGAUCCCGUUUUGUCAUGCAGAUGGUGACCUGAUGACAAUGCUAAAUGUCUUUCGAGAUUGGAACAGGCUGCCCGAGAAAGCCAGGGGGGCAUGGUGUUUUGCUAAUUCAAUCAACGGCAAGGCGUUGAAAGGAAUUAAGGAAGUAGUCAAAGAUGUGUUGACAACACUGAGGAGAGAAAUGCAAACAGAAGUACCAUUUAAAUUUGAUGACCAUGGGAAGAUAGACCAUAUGCUUAUCAAACCCCUUCUGAAGACAUUCAGUGGAAAUAUCAGCUAUUAUCUUGGCCACCCGAAGGCAGGUUAUGUACUUGUAACCAAGGAUCAGAGAAUAGAAGUUCACCCAACAUCAGCCUUGAUGUCUUUGGCUAGUCAUCCAGAUUGGGUUGUAUUCGACCAGGUGAUGAGAACGUCAAAGGACUUUGCUAUGAAUAUCACACCAAUCAGUGAGGAAAUGGUAAUCAAAGGCAUCGAAGAAGGAUCACUGAAUGUGGAUAUUGGAAAAGCCAGAAGCAAACGUAUUCUACCCAUUUGUACAGCAUAUGUGGGGUCCAAAGUUUUUAAAGAAGUUGUUGGAAUUCGAUAUACCGCUCUCAGGGAAUUAGAAGCAGCAUUGGUGGAAAAAUGUCACGGAACUAUUGUUGUGGUAGGGGCUGAUAUUGAAAAAGGCGAGCUGAGGAUAUUCUCUAAAUCGUCCAAUCAACAAACACUAGAAGGUUCGUUAGACAACGUGCUAAACCCUAUCAAAUGUAAUUUACUUGAAGAGGAAAGAGAAGAAAAACUUGGUGUGAAGUCAACAGACCGAUCUGUUAGAGUUGUGAUAGGGGCUGGAGGCUGUACAAAGACUUUGUUUAUGCCUGAUGAGUACAAGGUAGUAAUGAUACACUGCGAUGUCAACAAGACACAGGAAUUAGAAUGUGAAGAUGUGCUUGAGCAUUUUAGCAAAUUUGGAAAAAUUGCAAAGUGUAGCAAAUAUCACUUAAAGAAGAAUGCACCAUCACUUUGGGGUCAAGUGAUAUACCAGAAAAAAGAGAACGCUGUACAAGCUGUCGCAAUGACUAUGGGAAACUCCGAUCUCUCUGCUCGGCCUGACAUGCGGAUAAGCAGUAAAAAAUCAGAGAAAUUCAAAGUCCGGAUGCAAUGGUGCCGCAGACGUUCACGCGGAUUCGGAUUCGUUACGUUUGGAAGUGUUAUAGAUGCCGAGAAUGCUGUGCUAAAUGUUCAAAUGUUAGUAGGAAUAUCAUUGGCCAAUAUCAGACCAUCCAAAUCAAAGACACCUAGCCAAUCUGCUGCAGGACAGAUCCAUGUUUCUGGACUAAGUCAAAUGGUGAAUGAGGAUGUUUUGAGGGAAAGUAUUGUCAAAAGUUUGAAUUUAGAUCCUGUCACUGGUAUUACAAAAGUAACUGUUGUUAGAGAAAAGGUUGGUCUUGAAAGUGAAGAAGACCUUAAUAUGAUGAAAUGCCGUCUUCGUGCAGAAAUCGAAAACUAUGUCAAACAAGGGACCUACGAGUUGGAACUGAGAGCACCCCAACGAGAAACAGAGAUCAACUUCAAUGCUUUUGUUACUUUUGACAAGCCUGAGGAUGGCCAAGUAGUGUGUGACAAAAUGGAUCACAAGUUUGUGUUGAACGAUCAAACUGUGUCUGCGAAGCCCGUUUUCCAAUGCUCAUUGUACAUUGCAAAGGGAAUUUACGAAAAGAGCGGCGACGCUUUAAAUCAAUGCGUCAGAGAGCUGGAAGCGGAAGGAGUUCGAAUAAAGACGAGAACCGCCCGAAACGAGAACGUUUUCUUAGAGAUCACCACAGAAGACGUUGAAACCCUCGCCAGUGCGAGACGGUCUUUUCAAGACAUUAUCAAAGGGGAAGUGGUCGAAUGCGACGAUCCAGCUAAACUUAAGUCUUUAUUUACACGCGCAGGUAAAACCAAGUUAAAUCAGAUCAUGAAUCAAACAGAAACACUUAUUCUUACUGACAACAGAGUCAUGGCUGUCUCUAUUCACGGGCUCCAACAAAAUCGACAAAGAGCGAAACAGAAAGUUGACGAGUUUCUUGUAGAAAUUUCGUCUUGCAACUCCGAAGUCAUAGACUUGAAAGGCGAGGGAACACCUCCUGGAGUUUUGAAGGCAAUUUUUCUGAGAUACUCAUUCGAUUUCUGUAAACUACGGGAAGAAACUGGUCUUGUUGAUGUCCGAUUGGAUCAAAGAAAUCAUCGAAUAGUGUUGAUUGGGUCAGACAGUGCAGUCACAACAGCUAAAACUCUCAUUAGAAAUAUCAUUGAAAGUAUUUCUCCUGGAGGUUCCAGAGGAAAGGAAGAUGAACCAGAAUGUGUCACGUGUUUUUGUCCUGUUGAGCGAAAAGCUUUGUACCGAGUGGAAUGCUGUGGUCAUCCCUACUGCGAAGAAUGUCUCCAGGCUCAAGUUCAAGCAUCCAUCAUAAACCGGGAAUAUCCAAUGAAAUGUGAAAUGGAAGAUUGCAACACCUUAUUUACCUGGCAAGAUAUCACAAACCUGUCGAAAAUGGGUCAGGUCAAAAUAUCCGAACUAACUGAUUCGUCAGUCGGUAAAUUUGUCCAGGAAAACAAGCAGCACUAUCGCUUUUGCGUUACGCCUGACUGUCCUGUUGUGUACCGAGUAACAGAGAUUGAAACGUCAUUCAUCUGCCCAGAAUGUGACAUUAAUAUCUGCACCGGCUGCCAUGUACAGUUCCAUGAUGGCUUAACAUGUGCCAUGUUCAAGGUAAAGAACAAUGAAGAUACGACCAUGACAAAUUGGUUCGCUGAGAAUACGGCAAACCGAAAAAGAUGUCCAAACUGUGACACGCCUAUAGAAAAGGACGGCGGAUGUAACCGUGUGCAAUGUGUGUCAUGCCAAAAGCAUAUUUGUUGGCUAUGUCUGAUUUUUUUUGACGACAGUAGUUCAUGUUACGGACAUCUCAGUACUGCUCACGGCGGUUAUUUUUGAGGUAGUCAGGAACACUAUAUACGAGAAGAACACUGUGGAACCUUUCACAAGAAAUGGGUAAACUUAAAAUAGAGAAAAAAGGAAAUUAUGCCCGAAUCGUGCUUCCUCUCGAGAAAAGAGUGGAUGAAAAAAAUAUUGACGGAAAUGUCUAAAGCUCUCUGUUCAAAGCAGAAUGCAUUUUAUAUCUUG